UCGAACGGGUAGGCUGUGCCCAAUGCUGGCGCGUGCGUCAUUUGACAGCUUAUAACGAUGAAAUCAAAACUUUCAAAGGCAUUGUGUCAUGUGUAUUUACUCAUGUCAUUUACAAGUUACAAUGAUCAAGUGUAGUGCAUCUAAACAAAUUCGUAAUCCAAAUCAAUGACAGCGGGGGUUUGAAAUGCAGGCAUUCCGCGGAGAAUAUUGAACUUUGUUUUUUUGUUCGGUUCGUUUUCAAUAUAUUCAAUACAUUGCAUAAGUCCGUGUUUUUUUUUCUGAACUGAUUUCGCGGUGUGAACGUUUGACAAAUGAAGUGACGCUGUUUUGUUAAUUUGUGCCUGAAAAGUGUUUCUAAGUGACGUAAGUCGCCAAAAUAUUCAAGGCAAACUAGCACUCAAGUGGCCAUACAGCUGUCACUGACGCACGUGUCAUCGAAAUAGGAGGUGUCACACUGACAGUGACGUAAAGAGACUUGUCAAACUUCGCCUGACAUUAAGAGGCCGGUGAUGUCCCGCCGACGCAUUGAGGGAUUAGAUGUCACCUGAUUCUGUCAGAACCAGGAUGAAGUUCUCGACGGGAUCAAGCUCCAGCAGCCUCGCGAGCGACUCGCUGUCUAGGAAGUCGACGCUCUGCAUUUACACAGAAGUGGAUACACCUCUACCGCCUACUAUUGAAAGGAUGGAUAGCAGCUCUGAAGCGAUGGAGCUCCGGCGGGAGUUAGACGCUGUUAAAAGCGCAUUGCAGAAGCAGUCGGAGUCGGUUUUGAAGCAGAAGCAUCAGUUAGUAGAAGCUGGACAGGCUCUCGUAGCUCGGGACAAACAAGCUGUGCAAGAAAGGCGCCUCAGACAAGACCAGCUUGCUCUUGUUUUAAGAUCACUAGUCCUACUAGAGUCACGUUUAACUCGAGAGCAGAAACAAAUCCACGUUUCUCUUAAACAGAAAGAUAAAAUAAUUAAGUCUCAACAGGAGGAAAUAUUGAAGCUUAAAACCAGGAAAUCAUAUUGCAGCAAUUGUCAACAGUUACUAGGUUUCACAAGUGAACAGACUAAUAUUGAAACUGAUCCAGAAUUUCAAAGCCUAGAAAGUACAGACUCAAGAUUUCCACAUGCUUUCGUAAGAAGCAGUAGUUAUCGUGAACGAAAGUCACCCCCUGUUUUUCAAAAGAACACUAGACUGAGUAAGAGCUUCCAACUGCCGAAAAAUGAUACAAUUUAUUGUAAUACCAGCUCAAGCGAAGAAGGAAAUAACGGAAACGUUUGUGGUAAAGGAACUUUUAUAAAGAACAAACAAGCUUUUGUUCGAAGGGACGUAUUGAGACGAUCAAGAAAAUAUUCGGGCAGAAGAAACAGUAGUAUCAAAAUUUCCGACCAACAAAAAAUCUACAGGCAUCAAGCGAAUAAUAGUAGUAGUGCCGAUGAUUGCGCCGCCAUGAGCUAUCAGGUAAAUCGUGACGAUGUUGAUCUAACUGCAAACCAAAUUGCUAAUGAUAUAAGAAUAGCUUCUAUCAAAAUUGACCAACUUAUAUGCGAAGCUAAUAAAAAGGAAAGAGAAGAUAUUCUCAGUGACUCAGAAAAAACAUAUGCAACUAAAAUUGAGAGGCUUCAUGGGAUUAAGAGGCAUGCCUCAGAUGAUAUAAAAGCUAAUAGGACCCUAUUUUUGAACAAUGUCCUAAAUGAAAAAAAUGAUGAAAAACCUUGGUACUGCAAUGUCAGCGAUCAGGAACAAGACAUCGAUUGUAUGGACCAAAGAUUACCACAAAAAACGAAGCCGUGUGAUGACGUCCUGAUAGCAGGACUUAACAGCGGUAUCAUCAACGCUGAAAUAAUUUCAGCCAAAAAUGAAGUUCUCUGCAAUAACGUUAUAUUAAAUGGUAUAGUAGAUACUAGAUUUGACGACAAAAACAAUAAUAUUCCAUCAAAAUCAAUUCAAAUUGAACAUAUAAAUGAUAUCAAUGAGAAUUGGUACGCAAGUACUAGUGAUGCUGAAGAGGCUCCUCCCAAUGAGAUAUAUAAAAAUAAUCCUGUAUUGGAAUGUGUUAAUCAAAUUUUAUUACAAAAUUCAUUAGAUGAUAGCAGCAAUGAUAACUCUAAGUCUAGCGAAGCUCCUACUCCUAGUCCAAAAGCGACAACGAAAAGAGUUCAAUUUUCGACGUUGAAUAGUAUUUCUUAUGAUGAAAAAGUUAGACCAUCCACUAAUAACAAUACGCUACCUCGGGCAGACAAAAGAGCAAACAAAAUAGUUAAAUUCAGUUUAGAAACUGCAUCAGAACAUAGCUACGAGGUACCCAAUACAGCUCAAGGUUUUCAGUAUGAGAUUCAAAGUAUUUAUAGUAAUGAAUAUGAACCUAUCAUAACCAGAUCAACGGAGCAAAGGUCUAUGUCAUUGCCGCAUAUUAUGGAACAAUUUGAUAACAAAACUAGUGUUCCGAAAAUUAAGGGAUCUAUUGUUAAAAACAUCGCUGCCAAUAUUGAAAGUCGAAACACAAACAACAGUUUUGAAUUUAGAUCUGAAAACAACCGUGGAUCCAUGAAAAUAUUUAAUAAAAGAAAAGUGCCCCGAACUCCUCCAGCUCUGCCACCUAAGCCGAAGAAUUUAUCGGCCAAAUUGAAAGCUGAAAAUACUGUCAAAAGCCUGGCAGAAAGUUUAGACUCUGAAGCCGUUGCGGCUAAUCAACGGGUUGCAGAUGUUAAGAUGAGAAACCUGGGUAACACGGCAACACCGAAGAACGUUGAACCGGACUACUGCUCCAUUUCAGAGAUAAAUGUUCCAGUAGUCAAUAACAGUAAGAGAGACUUACUACUCACGCAGCCAACGGUCGAAAUUCAUAAUGAGCAAUACAAUACACACACAGCAAACCACAGAAAUAAUAUUGCAAAAGUUGUGUCUCUACCAAGAAUUCAAAACAAAAUCAGUGACAUUGAUAUACCUAAGCUCCCACAGGUAACCGAAAUAAUAAUUCCAGAUGACGAUGAAAAACCUGAGGAUGAUCACCGAUCGUUUCAAACAGCCAAUAAUCAUCAUUAUCUGGUUAAUUUCAACAUUCAACCUAAAAUCGAAACUCGUGCUUCGAUUCAGAUGGGCAACACUGUAUCUUCCAUUCUUUCGGAGAUUAAUAAAGGUGUGAAGACUAACGGUAAACAAAUAAAUUUAACAGAAUUAGACAAUCAAUUCAACAAUGUUAUUGAAAAACCUCAGAAACGCAACGUGGAGCAUAAAGCGGAAUACUUUGACGAUAUAGAUAAAUUUGAUUUAUCACAAAACUUCGAAGAGUUCAAAAUAGAUGAUGAACUUGGCAGUAUAGUUGCUGAGGAAUAUCGCAUAAGUUCAGGUAGCAGCGAUGGUUCUAUAUCUGAUGCUGUAAUAGAGCACAUUAUAACUUUACCGAAUAAACAAAAUGAAGAAAAUGAUGAGGCAAAUAUAGUAAAGGAAAAUAAUAAAUUUCAGGAAUCCAAUGAGGCUAUAAAUACUGGUCUUCCAAAAAACGCUAAGCUUUCAAAUAAGCCUGAUCUCCUAUCUAAUAUAGAGAACUUAGAGACUGAAUCAGUUAGAAAUUCUGACAUUGAAUCGAGCAACUCUUCGGGUAGUAACAGUGGAUCGUACAACACUGUAAAAUGCGAACCAAGAAUGAUAGUUUCAUCAGAAAGCAACAUGAAAACGAGGGGAGCUUUCGAUUUCUUCCUUGAGACAUCUGGUCUUAGUACUAAGUCAAUAUUUUCGCCGAACAAAAACUAUCUAGGUAUGAGGCCGCCGAGUGCAAAUCACAAAAACGUACUGAAGCCAAAAGACGUAAAAAUGCGCGUCAAAAAUACCAUCACAACGAAUAAAAUCAACGAAAAAUCAAUGACGACUGCUAUCAAAUAUUUCGAGCCUUAUGUGUAACUUUAUAUUUAGUAUAAUAUAUGUUAAGUACUUAACGUUAGGCUAAACUAAUUAUUAUUUAUUGUAAAAAUGAACUUGCCUGCAUAAUAUUAGUGUAAUUAAUGUUUCAACCUUUAUUUUGUAAAUAUACAAUGUUCACUUAUUAUUUGAAAAUAUAAUACAUCUAUCUGUUAAAUAAA